AUGUGGGUCCCAGUACUGCUCUUUGUCAGCGCACUUAUAGGAUUAGCUGCUGGACAAGGUUGCGUUUCUAAGAGAUUCGGAUCCGAUCGAAUUGUUUGUGUUUGUAAUGAUACCUAUUGCGAUUCUGUGCCGAAGCUCCCGAAGCUUGAUCGAUAUGGCGCUUCGAUCAUCACUUCGAGCCUUUCCGGGAAAAGGUUCCACGUCCAACAACGCAUGUUCCAGCCUAGAAGCAAGAAAUCGUCAUCUUGGUCAAGUUCGGCUGUCCGGAUCCUUGUUGACGCCCGUUCAUUCUUCCAGAAUAUUCUUGGCUUUGGAGGGGCUUUCAGUGAUGCUGCUGGAUUGAACCUGGCCGCUUUGUCACACCGAGCGGCGCACAAACUGCUUGAAGCAUAUUUUUCCCCGGAAAAUGGUAUCGGCUACACAUUCGGCCGUGUCCCAAUGGCUAGCACCGAUUUUGGCACUCGAGAAUAUUCAUAUGCCGACACGAGCGGAGACCUGGAGCUCAAGUCUUUCGCAUUACAACCCGAGGAUCUCGAUUAUAAGAUCCCAUUCAUCAAGACCGCCCAAUUGAUCGCCAACGGGAAUUUGAAGUUGUUUGCCUCGCCCUGGUCAGCCCCUGGUUGGAUGAAGACAAAUGGUCGAAUGAUAGGCGGGGCGGCGUUACGAGGCCCAUUAGAUGGACCAUACUACUCAACAUGGGCUUCAUAUUUUGUCAAAUUUUUCGAACAGUAUGCGGCAAAUGGGAUUCUCUACUGGGGACUGACGAUGCAAAACGAGCCGACCUCCGGGAUUAAUCCUGAUUAUACUUGGCAGACCAUGUACUUCAAUGCAUCCAUGCAGAGACACUUCCUCGUAAACCAUCUGGGGCCUCGUCUAAAAGGUUCGCCUCUAACGCGAGGUCUGAAGGUGUUGAUCCUUGACGAUGAUCGGCCUCAACUGCCUGCUUGGGCUGAUGAGGUUUUUGCCGAUGCGAAAGCGCGAGAAUAUGCAGACGGCAUCGGCGUCCACUGGUAUAUGGAUGCAUUCGCGCCGGCUUCUCUUCUGACUGAGACCGCGCUACGACAUCCUGACAAGUUUAUUCUGGCCACAGAGGCCUGUUCCGGCUUCCUUGGCGUUCACGGGCCAAUCCUGGGUGAUUGGAGUCGAGCAGAGAACUACGCCGCCGACAUCAUUGAUGACCUGAACAACUUUGUGUCGGGUUGGGUGGACUGGAAUCUGGUGCUGGAUACAACAGGCGGACCCACGUUCGUUGCCAACAACGCCGACGCACCGAUUCUACGGAAUGGGACGAGGGGAAGUGACGAGUUCUACAAACAGCCCACCUACUAUGCGCUCGGGCAUUUUAGCGCCUGGGUGCCAGUGGGAUCUACGCGAAUCAAAUCGCAGCUUCUCGACCGUGAUCCCGCCCUAAAACUCGUCGCAUUUUCCUUUAAGUCCAAACGGGUUGCAGUCGUUCUAAAUCGAGGUGACUCCGAAAAAACCGUGGAAAUUCAUGAUCCAUUAAUGCCGGAACGGGUGCUGACGAUGAAAAUCGAAGGACACAGCAUCUCGACGAUUGUUUGGAAUAAAGCU